UAAGAGCGUGGGAACCGCGCAUGCGCGGUGUACUGUGCAUGGUAGAGGUGGCCUGGCACUGCUAGACAGACACUGAGAACUGCUGCCAACACGGGAAUCAGAUUGGCCAUUGUUUAGAAAAUGAUUGGGUUUUACAAGCCGAAGACGUACCGUAGUACGAGGGGUUGUUGUAUUUGUAAGGCAAAAUCCUCCAGUUCCCGUUUCACAGACAGCAAACGCUACGAAGGAGAUUUUCAGAGUUGCUUUGGGCUACGUGACAGCCGUACUGGAGAUAUUUGCAAUGCAUGUGUCCUCCUAGUAAAAAGAUGGAAGAAACUACCCUCUGGUUCCAAAAAGAACUGGAAUCAUGUUGUAGAUGCUAGGGGUGGACCAAAUCUUAAAGCUGUAAGGAUUAGGCCAAAGAAGAUCCGAUCACUUGCCACUCAGAGGCUGCAAAGUGGGAAAGUUGCACAGCUGAAGAAGAAAAUUUCAAGUCACUAUUCUGGCGCUCACAGCACUACGUCCAGUGCCUCCCCUGACCACUCCUCUUCCUGCAGUACUCUCUCUGACACGGACACAGACACAGAACUGCGUACUGCCCCGUGCCGGAAUUCUGUCUUCUCCUUCUUGGACCCUACAUAUUGGAAAAGACAAAGGGUUUGCUGCGGGAUAAUCUAUAAAGGUCGCUUUGGUGAAAUAAUCAUAGAUGCCCAGUUUUUCAAACCCUGCUGCAACAAGAAGAAACCUGAAUCUGAGGAGCCAGCUGCAACACUAGCCCAGAUGGCAAUUCCAACGUGCACAAACACCUAAAGCAUAAAAUACGGGGAAUAUGACUGCACAUUCUGCUCUGAAAAGGACUAUUUGAACAGUGCUCUAUUUUAUAUAUCUUUU